AUGGCCUCCGCAAUUAAUGUAGACGUGGCAGAGCUUGCGGGUCUUAUAGUGGAAGCCGUCCUCUAUGGUGUCUUCCUCAUUCUCUUCCUAGAAGCCAUGUACCUGACAUACAUGCGGAGAAAACGAGUCAAAGCCAAUAAAAUUCUGGUCUCCGUUGCGGCCAUCAUGCUCAUCCUCGCAACAAUCCAGCUCGUGGCAGAUACGGCGAAUAUAUUUCUAGCGUUCAUUAACCGCAGCCGGGCGGAACGUAUCGAGUUCCUUCAUGAUGUUUCCCAGCCGGUAUUCAUCUUGAAGCAUACCACCCUUAUUCUGAUGCUUCUUGUGUCUGAUUCAUUCGUGACGUACCGAUGCUGGAUAAUAUGGGACAAAGUCAUUUGGAUAGUUGUCUUGCCAAUAUGCUUGUGUCUCGGAAGCGCAGUGACGGGUUUUCACGCCAUAUGGUCUUUCCAGCACUUCCACGCUGAAACAAGAACAGCCCAGGAAAAGUGGCUCAUUUCGAUCUCCUCGUUAAGCCUCGCUGCGAAUGCAGUCUCAACCGCCCUCGCGGCAUUUAGAAUAUGGCAUAGGUCCAGAAAGACCGCAAAGGUCGUGGGCGCAACAACAUCCAGCCUCAUGCCGGUCGUGAAAAUAGUUGUAGAAAGCGGCGCCCUGAAUGCGGCAUACAUGCUCGCAAAUACGAUAACUUUGGCAGCGGGGACCGAAGGCCUUGAGACCAUGGCUGAACUGGGAACCCCUUUGGUGGGAUGUAUCUUCAUGCUCGUCAUCAUGCGGGUGUGCAUCAACUCCGAACAGACUGGCACAUCGGCAAAUUCGAAGACAGGAAUGGCAUUACACUCGAUGCCGCGGCGGAGUGGUGAGGCGGGCGAUGAGCGGUCAGGUGCGGGUCGGCGCGUCGUGAUCAGCCAGAAAGUAUUCGUUACUCGCGAUUACGUCCAAGAUACGGAGGGAGGGACAGAGGGGAAGCCCGACGCAUCGUAUACUGUCUGA